UCACACCAUGUCCGCGCGGCACUUCCUCCCGCCCUCCCCGCCACAUGGUUCCGCCCAGGCCGCCCGCGGCUCCCCAGCGCAGAGCGAACGUGCGGGCGGCUGCGGCGGCUCCGGAACUAUUCGCUCCCCUCCCCCGCCAGCCUCUUAGGAGCUUCCAGGACCAUGAGUGACGGGGACAAGAACCCAGCCAGCACCCCGACGCCGCUGGCCGACGUGCAGGGGGACGGGCGGUGGCUGGCACUGCACCAUCGCUUCAUCGCAGACAGCAAGGACAAGGAGCCCGAGGUCGUGUUCAUCGGGGACGCCCUGGUGCAGCUGCUCCAGCAGUUCGAGAUCUGGCGUGAGCUCUUCUCCCCGCUGCACGCACUCAACUUCGGCAUUGGGGGCGACGGGACGCAGCACGUGCUGUGGCGGCUCCAGCAAGGCGAGCUGCAGCACAUCCGGCCCAAGAUCGUGGUCGUCUGGGUGGGCACCAAUAACCACGGGCACACGGCCGAGCAGGUGGUGGGCGGCAUUGAGGCCAUUGUCCGCCUCCUGCAGCAGCAGCAGCCCCAGGCGCGCGUGGUGGUGCUGGGCCUGCUGCCCCGGGGCCAGGGCCCCAACCCGCUGCGGGAGAGGAACCGGCAGGUGAACGAGCUGCUGGAGGCCCGGCUGCCGCGGCUGCCCAACGCCUGCUUCCUGGAUGCCGACCCCGGCUUCGUGCACUCGGACGGCACCAUCAGCCACCACGACAUGUACGACUACCUGCACCUGAGCCGGCACGGCUACGCCCGCCUGUGCCCGCAGCUGCUGCGCCUGCUGGCAGAGUGCCAGCGGGCCGGGCCCUGAGCCGCCGCCAGGCCCCAAGUUGCUGCUGCCACUGGGGCGGGGCACUGCACCCCCAAACCCCCACCAUCACUGUACUGGGCUGUGAGCCACCGUCCCUCCCCCCACACACCCCCCCAGUGCUCAGCCAUAGCCCCCCCAUUACUGCACCACCACAACCUUCCCCCUAGGGCAUGCAACUGCCCAGGAACCCUUGCACCGCAUGGACAUUAAACACAGAUUUGC